AUGCCCCCUCCUCGUAGCGCCGCCCCGUCGGAAACCCCGAGUCGAUAUUCGCGCGUAACGGCGCGUUCGUCGACGGCUGGCUCGUCGACUGGACUCGUCAAGCCGCGUUCCUACUCCUCUGCCUCACUCUCCAGCAACAUCAGCGGGGUCACCACCGUCGUCCCCAACGGUCGCAGCACCAACGGCUCGCCCAAGAACGGCGCCGGCUCUGUCUCUCGAUCGCCCAACGCCACGCCCGCGGCCCCUUCGGCUCCCACUGCAGCCCCCAGCCCAGCGCCCCAAGCACGCAGGCUCUCGAGCGCGAUAGCGCCCUCCGCCUACUUCGACCCGAACCUCUCCAGCGUGUCCACCUCCAGCGUGUCCAUCUCCAGUGUGUCCACCUCGCUCAGCAAGUCCACGACGACGCCCUCCCUGUCGCGCCAGAACAGCGUGCCGAUGCCCCGGAAGAGCAGCGCGGGCACAGGCCCCGCCGGGGCUCCCUCGGUCGCCCCGUCCCGGCGGAGCGUGCGCUCUGCGGCCGUGUCGCUCUUCACAGCCGACUCGGACACGCGCGUGGCCAGCGCGAAGGUCGCCGUGCCCACCACGCCCCGCACGCGCACCAUGUCCACGCCGUUCGCGCAGUUGGCGUCCAAGAGCCCGUGCGGCCCCCCGGCGCGACGACGGUCACGACCCCGGACAAGACGCUCCCGCUCACCCCACCCCGCGACCCGAAGCCGGCCCCGCACCGCGGGGAGGACCGUCAAGAGCGGCACGCCGGGUACAGCGCGAAGCCGGAACACAUCCGGAAGUAUCGCCGAGUCGCCGUCGAUCUUGCUCACAUCGGAGGACGAGCCGUUCUGGGACGGAGAUGAUAUGACAUUGGAGAUGGUCACGGACGUGAACGACGAGGAAGUUGACGAAGACAUGCAAGCCGCGCUUGCCGGGGUCAAUGGCCUGCACAUGCGCAAGCUCCUGCAUUACAAGAGGCUGCUCGAACGUGCGCAGGCGUCAUCAGCAGCACAGCUGCACGCCCUUCAAGCGGAAGUGAGAAUGUUGCGGGAGCGGGAGCGCCAGCAAGAAGGGAACAUCGUUCUGGACCCUGACGACGAAGCCCACUGCACGUGUGGGGGCAAAAAGCGGUCGAAGGGAUACUGGAGCGGAUACCGAGGCGGCGAUGACGAUGGAAUUGGCGGCGAGGUCGACCUUGCCACUGUUCUCAGAGGUGACGGUGGUGGGGGACAUAGGAUUGCUAUCAUCCUUGAUUCCUGCAUGCCCGGAGAUAUUCGCCUGCAGAUUCUCCUGCUCGAGAAGUAUGCCAAGUCGACCUUCGACAUUGUUGGGAACCUCGCACCAGACCUUGCUCUCAAGGUGUUCAAGUUUCUCACCGUCCGGGAGCUGCUUGGUGUGGAGAUGGUGUCCAAGAAGUGGCAAGAGGUCGUCCAUUUACCGGUCCUGUGGAGGUACCACUGCUUGCGCAUUACUGCGAUGGAUCCAUCUCCCGUCAAGCCGCCAGCAAAGCCAGAGGGAUGGGAGCCUCUCUACCGCUCGCUUCAUCACCGCGAGUCCAACUUCCGCAACGGCCUCGCCCAGAACGUCAGGUUCCUGAACGGUCACACCAACUACUGCACUACUCUUCUCCUACGUGGGAAGCGGUUGAUCAGUGGCUCGUACGACGAGACCAUCCGGUUCUGGGAUAUUGAGACGGGUGAGCUAAAGAAGUGCCUCCAGGUCAAGAAGCCAGUCAGCUGCGUCGACUUCCUCUCGGAUGAGGAGGUCUUCGUCGUCGGCUUCCAUGAUGUUGGGAGGGUGCACCUCUUCUCAUCUUUGACAUUCACUCCCUUGCAACAGCUGGCCGGCCACUUAAACGGUAUCCGGGCCGUCGCGCUUUCCUCCAAGAACCUGGUCUCAGCUGGCGCUGACAAGGCUCUCGUAUGCUGGGACUGGCGUGCGGGCACGAAGAUCGUUCGUUUCGGCCAACAGACCACUGUCAACAUUGGUGUCCAGAUCCUCGGGUCGUCCAACUCUCGUGGUGAGGACGAGGGUGAACGUGUCGUCAGUGUUACUAUUGACGGUAUCGUCCGCGUGUUCUCUAUCAAGCGCAGAGAGAUGGUCUCUCAAUUCAAACUGAGCGAGCUCGGUCUUGGGGAUCCUCUGUUGAACUCGAAGUUGAUGCAAGUCGGCCGUGCCCCUGAUAACAUGCUUCAAUGGUUCGCCGCGAAGGGCACUCAGAUGACUGCACGUACCCGUCUUUCCUCUACUUGUGCCACCAAGUCAGUCAUCCUUCACCUUCAGUGGACAGAAGAAGAGGACGCAACGCCCGCAACCGCCACCUCUCAGGAUCCAGCUCGCCCUGGCACGCCCCUCACCCCUGGCGCGCUCAGUCCGACCCCCGCCCCUCCUCGCAUGCGCACAAUCUCCUCCCUAUCCCGCUCGACCUCUCAAGAGCCCAUGGGCCUUGCGAGCAGCGUCGGCGCCAAGUCGCGCCUCUCGCUCAACAUCUCGAGCGGACCCAUGACGCCGACGUCGAUGCUCGGCUCCCCGCGCGUCGGCACGCCUGUAUCCGCGGCGGGCCAGUCGCCGUUCGCGGUGCGCUUCGGGCGCGCGGCGGUGCUCACCGCGCCGCCGAAGCUCGUCGCCGUCGUCGACACACCCGACGUGGCUGUCGGUGCCGUCGACCCGCGAAAGCGCCGCGUCGUGACCGCUACCCGGUUCAGCACCCGUGCUGGGGCCACCAGGGCGGUCUACAUGUCGCAACACCGCGACAAGGAGGAGAUUGCGAAGGCUGCGGAAGAAGACGGCGACGCCAGCGAGAGCGACAGCGGGCGCAAGUCUGAUGGCCCGCGCACGCCGUCGCCCGGGGUGGACUACGACACGGUCAUCCUCCCCGUCGGGGGCGCAUGGGGCGCGCUGUCUCACACGGACGCGGUGGCGGCCGCUGGGGUCAAGGGCCUGCUUGGACAGCUCCCUAACAAGUUCCAGGGUCUUGCGAUGCCGGAGAAGAACCCGAUGUCGAUGCAGCUGAGCCACGAGGAAGUCGUUGUGGGCUGCGCAGAUGGUACUAUCUACGUGAUGAGCUUCGUUGGAUAUGACUACCAGAAGGAGAAGGCCCCGCGGCCGGAGGAGUGGCAGUCGCUCACCGAAGAGGAGCUGCCCUCCGGUGAAUAUGAGUACUGA